GUAUCCAGUAAAUAGUUUUUGUUGGGGAUAUAAUCAAAUUCACAAAUGAUAAAUUAAUUACUUAUUUAGUUAUAUAUUUCUAAAAACAUUUUAGCAAAAAUAUAUUUCUAAAAACAGUAGAAUAAUUCUGGUGUAGCAAGAAAAGUCAUCUAAAUAAACAUAAUGGAAAGAUCACAUGCAAUGAAAAUAUUAAAACCCACGUGAUUCUAUAAACACCAAUCUUAACGAAAUCGUGAUCUAUAAUAGAAAAAAUGUCAAUAAUGAUAUCGACCCUUUUUAUUAUUGCAGAUGGUGGUUACAAAAUUAGGAAACCACAAUGUGAUGGUUAUAUUAGACAACCACCUAACCAAAUCAGGGUGGUGCUGUGCCAACAACGACGGUAAUGGUUUCUUCGGUGACAACUUCUUCGAUCCCACCGUAUGGACCGCAGCUUUGAGUAAAAUGGCAGCAACUUUCAACGGCGUCUCUAAUGUCGUUGGCAUGAGUCUAAGGAAUGAACUUAGAGGACCUAAACAAAACGUUAACGAUUGGUUCAAGUACAUGCAACAAGGAGCGGAAGCAGUUCAUUCAGCAAACAAGAACGUACUUGUAAUCAUGUCCGGUCUCAGUUUCGACACUGGCCUCUCUUUCAUUAUGCCGCGACCCGUCCAUCUAUCUUUCACCGGAAAACUCGUCUUCGAGCUCCACUGGUAUUCUUUCUCUGACGGAAACUCAUGGUCGACCAAUAACUCCAACGAUAACUGCGGUCAGGUUCUAAACCGGAUAAGAAACAAUGGCGGUUUUCUCCUUAACCAAGGCUUUCCCUUGUUCCUCAGAGAGUUUGGUAUAGAUGAAAGAGGAGGAAACGUUAAUAAUGAUCGCUAUUUUGGAUGUCUAACCGGUUGGGCGGCCGAAAAUGAUGUCGACUGGUCACUAUGGGCCCUAACCGGAACUUAUUACUUAAGACAAGGCGUGGUCGGGUUGAAUGAGUAUUAUGGUGUGCUGGAUUCGGAUUGGAUUAGUGUUCGAAACUCGAGUUUCUUGCAAAAGAUCUCUCUUCUUCAAUCUACACUUCAAGGACCGGGCCCUCGAACGGAUGCUUACAAUCUGGUUUUCCAUCCGUUAACCGGACUUUGCCUGGUAUGUUCUCUUAAGGACACGACAAUGCUCACUCUUGGUCCGUGCAAUAGUUCCGAACCGUGGAGCUACACUAAGAAAACAUUACGAAUCGAGGACCAGCCUUUGUGUUUACAGAGUAACGGACCAGAAAAUAGGGUUACGAUGUCUAGGACGGAUUGUUCCAUAUGGCAGACUAUCUCGGCCUCUAGGAUGCACUUGGCUUCGACAACAAGUAACAAUAAUCCUCUUUGCCUUGACGUGGACGCAACCAACAAUAUCCUGGCUAAUCCUUGCAAGUGUCUGAGUAUGGACAGUUCGUGUCAGCCAAUGAGCCAGUGGUUCAAGAUCAUUAACGCUACCAGGCCAUUGAAGAGCUCGAAACUGUACAAACAGUUGGAGAAUCUGUCUCCCAAAUCGGAUAUGUUGUAAAGCUCUUUGACUUGCUAAAAAAACUAUUAAAAAUAAGAUAAAAAAAUGUCUUCUCGUUUAAGAUAAGAAAAUAAUAAAAAAGAUUAGGAUUUCUUGUGCAAAUCCUUAUCUUAAUAUAUUACAGAACUAAAGAUUAGCUAGUACAAGUCUUUACAACAAAAAAAAGAUUAGCUAGUAAAAAUAUUUUUACCCCUCGAUAUCUUCCUAUCAUUUCAGUGAAACACAUUUGAGUUAGCUACCUUCUCACGCAAAAAAACAGAAAACUGACGGUCCCAACAACGCUGGAGAAACAUCGGACAGACAAAACAGACUAGGUGGAUCAAGAAUAUACAACCUUGUGUAUGUUUGUUCCGCUCUGACUUCUUCGAAUUAUGGAAAAUGGUUCUGAACUUGAAUCAUGUAUAGCUGAUGUUAAAACUUUUUAAAAAUAUGUUAAAACUUUUUAUAUAUAUUUUGCUAAAUUUGAA